AUGCCAGAAACAACAUCUCCAACAACAACAAUGAUUAAAGGUCCUACUACUGCCCAAACAAUACCAAAUGUAUCAAGAAAAAUAUCUUCAUCCUCAUCUCCUCAAUCUACGACUACUUCGUCUAUCCCUCCAUCAGCAUCUGCUUCAGCAUCAAACUCUCCUACUCAAGAAUUAGAUCAUCCUGUUGCAUUACUUUCAACUUCAACGAAACAACAAUCAUCAGAUCAAUCUAAUAAUGGAUCAGCAUCUGAUAAUCAUUCCCCACCUCUGCAUCCACAACAACAAAGAAGAUCAUCAUUUGGACUAAACUUCUUAAGUGGUUUUAGUAUGCGUGGUGCUAGUGGUUCUCAUCAAAUAAAUAAUACUAAUCCAUCUACAACUACAUCAACUGAUUCAGCUAAUCAUCUUGGCUUAAUGUCAAAUAGUCCAACUAUUGCCAAUUUGAAUGAUUAUCUGCAUGAUGAGAUUUUACAUAAUAAUGGAGAAGCUGCUGCUUCUGCGGGUGUUGCUACUCAAAAUCUAGAAGCAUGUCAAGAAGAAGGUGAAAAUCAAACAACACCAAUCCAGGCACAACCAUCGUCAUCAGCAGACCAACCUCUUCCAAUAAAUGAAACAACUGAUAUAGAAGCUGAAGCAUCAUCCCCACAACCAGAAGCAACAGAAUUAUCAAGUGAUGAAAAAAAUAAUGGAAUGGAUAAAGAUGGGUUUUAUUCAGUUAGAUUAACUCCAUUAAUUGAUCAUUCAUCAACUUCUUCAGGACUUUAUUUCUCUCCCAUAAUUAGAAAAAUCAAACCUGAUUCUACCAUUUCAGUAGGUAGAUAUACUGAAAAGAAUAAAGCUGCUGCUCAUGCUCCCCAGGGAUCUUCUGCCCCUAUUGUAUUCAAAAGUAAAGUUGUUUCAAGAACUCAUGCAUUAUUUCAAUGUAAUGAAGAUGGUCAAUGGUUUUUAAAAGAUUGUAAAUCUUCCUCGGGGACUUUUUUGAAUCAUAUUCGAUUAUCUCCUGCAUCUCAAGAAUCUACAUUAAUGCCUUUGAUUGAUGGAGAUAUAAUUCAAUUAGGUAUGGAUUAUCGUGGGGGCACGGAAGAAGUUUAUCGAUGUGUUAAAAUGAGAUGUGAAUUUAAUAAAAGUUGGCAAAGAAAAGUCAAUCAAUUUAAUUUAGAAAUUCAUAAAAAAUUAAAACAUUUACAUUUAAAUGAUUCAGCGGAAGCAGGGGUUGAUGGGGUUACAAAUAAACUACGUCUAGGUGAGGAAUUAACUGAAUGUGCUAUUUGUUUAAUGAAGAUUGAACCUUGUCAAGCAUUAUUUAUAAGUCCUUGUUCUCAUUCUUGGCAUUAUAAAUGUAUUCGUCCAUUAAUUACCAAAAGUUAUCCUCAAUUUUAUUGUCCAAAUUGUAGGACAAUGUGUGAUUUGGAAACUGAUUUAGAUGAGGAUGAUUAA